AUGGAGCCCCCGUGCCCUGGACUCCCCCUGCUCCUGGUCCUCCUGGCAGCAGGAUGGGGCAGCAAGGCACCCGCAGCCUGGGCGGCAUCUCCCGGGGGCUGUGAGCUCGUGCAGAGCACUGCAAACUGCACUAGGAGAUGGCUAAGCUCCGUCCCAGGAACCCUUCGAGGGGACAUGGAGGAGCUGUUGCUUGAUGACAACACUAUCAAGGUUCUGGGGAACACCUCCCUGCUCCCGUACCACCACCUGCGAUGUCUCAGCUUGCCCAAGAACUGGCUAGAGCUCAUUGAGCCUGGUGCCUUCCUCAGCAGCCGAGGUCUCCACGUGCUCUCCUUGGCAGACAACCUCCUCUUCACCAACUACUCGCUGACAGCAGCUGCUCUUUCUGCUCUGCCAGACUUGAGGAUGCUGGAUCUCGCUGGAAACCGCCUCACUGAGGACAUGGUAUCAGCUUUGAUCUGGAACCUGUCCUCCUUGGAAUCCUUGUCCGUGGCUAGGAACAUCAUCAUGAGGCUGGACUCGUCUGUCUUCACAAACCUGUCGCAGCUCUUGGAGCUGAACCUGGAGAAGAACUACAUCUUUGAGAUUGACCAAGCUUUUGAAGGACUGCAGAGGCUGCAGAGGCUGAACAUAGCUUACAACUACCUCCCGUGCCUCGUGGAGUUUGGCCUGACCCAGCUCAGGGUGCUCAAUGUCAGCAACAAUGUCAUUGAAUGGUUUCUGGCUGUGGAAAGCGAUGACCUCUUCGAGCUGGAGGUGCUAGACCUGUCCCACAACCACCUCCUCUUCUUUCCUGUGCUGCCCCGGCAAAGCAAGCUGCACUCCUUGCUGCUGAAGGACAACGAGAUGAGUUUCUACCAGCGGCUGCCCAACGGCACGUCUCUGGCCGACGUCAAGGUGCAGUUCCUGUUUGUGGAUGGCAACUCCACCAACGUCACGACGGUCAGCCUCUGGGACGAAAUCUGCCACAGCAACCUCUCCUCCCUGCGCCUCCUGGACAUGAGCCAGAACCAGGUCUGGCACCUGCCAGAGGGCUUCCUGGCCCAGAUGCCCUCCCUGGCCCACCUGAAGCUCAACCAGAACUGCCUGGAGACGUUUCAGCUGUUGGAGGGAGACUCCUUAGCCGCGUUGGCGGAGCUGGACCUCAGCCAGAACCGUCUGGUGGAGCUGGGGAUGGAGAUGGGCGCCGGGGACGUCCUGCCCAACCUGCAGCUCUUCAACCUCAGCACCAACAGCCUGCGGGCGCUUCCUCCUGGGGUGUUCACCUCCACCAGGAAAAUCACUACCGUGGACCUCAGCCGCAACCGGGUCGACCUCUGUCCCCAGCCGGCUGGCGCGGGCGAGGCAGAGGGUGCCCCCUGCGUGGACAUCAGGGGGGUGGAGACCCUGACCCACCUCUCCUUG